AUGAUCAUUGACCAACGAAACUCUACGGAAAAUAUUAGGGUGACCACUUAAAUCUUUCCGUCCAAACAGACAUCUGGUAUCUCGUAUAAUUCGAUAAUCUUUAUGUUUCAUCGGAUUUAACGAUAAUAUUUCUGGAUUUGUUUUAAAUAAGUUGAUGAGUUCUAUUUUCUUAUUUGUUUGUGUGAGUGUGGAAGAUUAAAAAUGACGUUGGACCCCAAGAUUCUGUCUUUUGAAGAGGUUUCAAAGCACAAUCGGAAAACUGAUUGCUGGGUGAUUAUUUCUGGAAAGGUUUAUGAUGUAACCCCAUUUCUGGAUGACCAUCCUGGAGGUGAUGAGAUCUUAAUAUUAGCAACUGAGAAAGAUGCAACAGAAGAUUUCGAAGAUGUGGGGCAUAGUCAAAACGCAAUCGACAUGAUGAAAGAUUACUAUGUUGGUGAGGUCGAUAGCAACACUAUGCCUCGAAAAAACACUUAUAAUAAACCGCCUUCAAGCACAACUUCUGCCGCGGCCCAAGCUUCCGGAAGUUCAUCUACCAACAUCUUAACAUUUGUUUUACCCAUACUAAUCUUGGUUUUAGCAUAUGCUCUCUAUUACUUUGCCAAUAAGAAAGUGGCAGUUUCAUUCACUCAUCUCUAAAACCUUAAACAUGGAUGAAAAAACAUAAUAUACUUGUGUCCAUGUUGUGUGAUGUGCUUCUAGUGUAAAACUUGGUAUUAUUGAUCUAAACCUCCAUUUAUUCGACUGUUUUUAUUACCCACGAGUAAUAUAUACGUGUGUUAUAUUC